ACGCGAGGGAAUGGCCUCUGAGGCGCACUUCCGGGACUUGCCGCGGGGCCCGACCAAAGUUGUAGUGCGGCGUUUUCUGGGCCCGACAGCGGACCUCAGGGCUACGCGCCCUGGGCGUUCCUUGUGGAGCAAGCGUCCCGCGGGGACCCACGGGAGUAGCAGUCCGGCGUGCGGGGACCGCCGGGAGCUGUAGUCCGUCCCUCCUGCCCAGUCAGCGCAGCGCUGCCCGCCCCGCACUGGGAGCCCAGAUCCGCCGCCCAGGAGGGGGAUGCGGAAGCCCCUGGCUCGGUGGAGUGGAGAGGCUGGCGGGGUGAGGGGCGUUGCCAGGCAAAGGGCGAGCGCCGUGGUUGGGCUGCGGGUCGGUGAAGGGCUCCAUUCCUUGGUGUCCGGGGACGGGGCCUGGUUGCCGGGAGAUGGGAAGAGGAGCCAAGGACGGCAUGUCCCAGGCCCCGGGAGCACAGCCGAGUCCGCCCUCUGUGUACCACGAACGGCAGCGCCUGGAGCUGUGUGCCGUCCACGCCCUCAACAACGUUCUGCAGCAGCAGCUCUUUAGCCAGGAGGCUGCCGAUGAGAUCUGCAAGAGGUUGGCCCCAGACUCCCGACUGAACCCUCAUCGCAGCCUCCUGGGCACUGGCAACUAUGACGUCAACGUGAUCAUGGCUGCUCUGCAGGGGCUGGGCCUGGCUGCCGUGUGGUGGGACAGGCGGAGGCCCCUGUCCCAGCUGGCCCUGCCCCAGGUGCUGGGGCUGAUCCUGAACCUGCCCUCGCCCGUGUCACUGGGGCUGCUGUCGCUGCCACUGCGGCGGCGGCACUGGGUGGCCCUGCGCCAGGUGGACGGCGUCUACUACAACCUGGACUCCAAGCUUCGGGCGCCCGAGGCCCUAGGGGACGAGGAUGGAGUCAGGGCCUUCCUGGCGGCUGCGCUGGCCCAGGGCCUGUGUGAGGUGCUGCUGGUGGUGACCAAGGAGGUGGAGGAGAAGGGCUGCUGGCUGCGGACAGACUGACCACAGCUGACCGUCGUGCCCAUUGGCACGGUUCCUGCGCUUCUUCCUCCUGUGUACACUGCGUGCCUGGGAAAGGCCUGCAUCCAUGGACCCGGGGUAGGCCCAUACCCUCCCACAUCCCUGCUCCCCACUGCCACUGCUGCCUCAAUAAAUCUGCUGAUUUGCCGCUG